AUGCGUAUACAAGGAUGCACUCAGCCUCUAUUGGCAGUCUACCUUCUGCUGCUCUUCCUAGUAAGCUCUGUCGCCACAGACGAUGAUACAUGGGUGGUUGGUAUCAUUGGUGGUAGGAAGUUUCAAGUUCGAGAUGACCGACAGCCAUCUCUCUACACUGCCGACUAUGGCGACUGUCUAGGCGAGAGCGCCAUCAACGUUACAAGAUUCGAUGCUGCCUACUAUAAGGACAACUUGACCAUCAUCUUCCACUUGGAGGGUGAGACUGGACUUCGGAAAGAAGACAUUAUGAUGAACAUUGGCGUUUAUGCGUACGGAGAGAGUCGAUUCGACCUGACCUUCGAUCCUUGCGACGCCAACAUACUCAGCGCUUGCCCUGCCAAAGCCGGUAUCCAGAUUGAGGCUGCGGGCAUAAUACCGGUUAGCCAAGAUGACGUCGCUGGGAUCCCAGAGAUUGCACUGAGCAUUCCCGACUUCGAGGGUCAAGCCAUCCUGCGGCUAUUCUCCAACUCUACCCAACACGAGAUCGGCUGUUUCGCUGCACAGAUCACCAACGGCUUCACUUUUCAGCAGAAGAGUGCCGUAAGCUCGACGCUAGGGGCCUUCACCCUCUUAUCCGUCCUCUCCUCGUUCGCCACGGCCGCCUACGGAUCCAACAUCGUCGAGAUGCGCAAACAUUACACCCAUUCACUGUCGGUCUCAGUGGUCUUCAACGUGUGGCAUCACAUCUUCUACAGUGGUGCGCUCUCGAUGAACUGGCCGAGUGUCGUCGUGGGUUUCUGGAGCAACUACGCCUGGGCUAGCGGUAUGAUCUACUCUGAGCAGAUGCAGAACACAAUCAACGACUUCAUCGGUUCGAACAAAGGGAACACAUCGCAAGUCGGUGCUGCGGGUACAGGCGAGAACAAUCCUAAUCUGGGAGGAGGGGUCGACAUCCACCAGAUAUACAAACGAGGUGCUCUUUCUCAAGAUCUGCAUCUCCAAGCUGCUCUAGCAAAGCGCCACCUCGUUGAUGCUCACAGUGGGCUCAGAUAUUACGGACUGCCGGUUAAGCCUGGUCUGCCACUUCCAGGCAAUUAUUCUGAAUUUGCUGGUACUCUUGCGACGGAGCGCAUUCCAGCAAGCAACGCUUUCAUGACCGGACUGCUCUGGUUCUUGAUCUUGGUUGCGUGCAUUGUUGCAUCCCUAAUAUCUCUAAAAGCCAUUCUCGAAGGCCUGAGUCAUAUACGCGUCGUCAAGAAAGAUCGACUGGCGUUCUUCCGAGACCAUUACCUGGCUUUCACCGUGUUGACCGUUUUGCGAACUGUCUUUAUCGGGUUCUACAUGUUGACCUUUCUUGCUAUGUUUCAGUUCUCCUACCUGGCUCUUUCUGGCCCUGUUGUGGUCGCGUGCAUAGUCUUCGUCGCUGUAGUGUUCGGCAUCGGCAGCAUUGCCGCCUACGCUUGUUUUUCCAGACUUCGCGUCGGCAAGUAUAUCUCCGAACCUGACCGCCUGAAUAUAGCAAGGCGACGAGUCUGCAAGGUGAUUCCGUGGAUCAGAAUUUCCAAAAACAGCAAGGUUCCACGCUCCGAAGACCAGGUAUAUAUUGGCACAAUUCCUUGGUGGACGAUACACGCCAUGGCUGACACUAUAUCAAUCCAUGGUGACGAGCGGUACACUACAAAGUUUGGGUGGCUUGCUUCACGCUAUAGGAAGACUCGCUGGUGGUUCUUUAUAGUCUGGCUGUUCUACGAAUUCGUUCGAGCAGGCUUCCUUGCUGGCGCAUCUACCCAACCCUUGGUCCAGGUUGUCGUGUACCUUCUUGGGUUCAGUAAGGUUGCUACUACAGCGCUUUCGGCAGCCUUUGACACGCGGUUCGGCAUUGCUCGUAUCCCUACAACCGUUAUUGGCAUCCUCAUCAUUGUCAUCCAAGGUCUUCUGACGAUUGCUGUGAUGGUUUUGAUCCUGAUCGGGGCUGUCUCCAACUACAUGUCCCUCACGCGCAACCGGGUAGUGAUGGCACCGUUGAGUUGGAACCCUAUACGUGAGAAGUAUUUCGCGCACAUGGAUUCCGCAGUACCGGAUGUUCCUCGACGGCGACCACGUGCGGUUCCAGUUCACACAAUACCGGAACUACCGAAGAUGCCGUAUUUUGAGCUGAAACAAGUGAGGCGGAUGGCCAAGCUCGAAGAUGAGGACAAGGAGUUUAUGCGAGAGAUUAACAACGAUUAUGCUACAUCCCAGCGGUUGCUGCAUGAAGAAAAUCGUGGCGAUACCGCAGACCGACUCAUCCAACGGAAUAGAGCCGGAAGUCUCCGGUCGCAAGCGUCUUAUUCAAGUCUACCCAAGGCGGCUCGCCAGCAUCGUCCUAGCUGGAGCCGUCAACAGUGUGGCGAUUCAAUGGGUCCUAGACGUCAGAGGGCUUUGAGCGAGGCUCAUCUCGGGACUCGCAAGGAGAGUCGCGAGACUAUCGAGCGGCACCCAAGUCCUCUCGGCACCUACCAGAAGCGACCGGAUACUCCAACUCUUUUUUCCUUGGCACCAUCGGACGAAGGAGGCCUCGUCACCCCAGAUAAGAGGACAAGAAGUCGAAUGAGAUCAAUCUCGCGAUCGAGCUCCAGGCUAAAACUGGAGACUAACAUCACCGAGGAAACCAUACUGCCUGUUCCAAAGAAUACCAAGGCGAAGUGA